CUAGUGACGUCAUCGCGCAAACCGGAAGUAGACAUGGCGCGGAUGCUAGCUGCUGGUAGCAGCAUGAUGUCCUCCUGCUCCCAGAAGCUCGGAGCCGGGCUUUGGCUCGUCCUCCUCGGCCUGUCUGCGGCGGCGGUUCCGGCCUGGACCAAACCGGACAGUUUGAAGGAGGUGACGGACGCGAACUGGGACAAAAUCCUGGCGGGAGAGUGGAUGAUUGAAUUUUACGCUCCGUGGUGCCCGGCGUGCCAGCAGCUGCAGCCGGUGUGGAAGGACUUCGCGGACUGGGGGGACGACAUGGGCAUCAAUGUGGCCAAAGUGGACGUGACGGAGCAGCCAGGUCUGAGCGGCAGAUUCAUCAUAACUUCACUUCCUACCAUCUACCAUUGUAAGGACGGCGUCUUCCGGCGGUACCAGGGCCCGCGGACCAAAGACGACUUCCUCGCCUUCGUCGAUGAGCAGAAAUGGAAGACGUUGGAGCCCAUCUCCUCGUGGUUUGGUCCGUCUUCAUUCCUGAUGAACUUGAUGUCGGCUCUGUUUAAACUCUCCAUGUUCAUCCGGCGUUGCCAUAACUACAUGACGGACAGCCUGGGCAUCCCCGUGUGGGGCUCCUACGUGAUCUUCGGUCUGGUCACGCUGUUCUUGGGUCUGGCUUUGGGUCUGCUCCUCGUCUUCAUCGCAGACUUCGUCUUCCCGUCCAGAAGGUUUUCCCCGGAUUACCACCAGAAGUACCGGAACAUCCCGACGAUCCCGCUCCCGGACGAAGGUCAGGAGGCGGAUGGAGAGGAAGAGGACGACGAAGAUUACGACGGCUGGAGAAGGAGGCCGGGGCCUGCGGAGAUGAAGCCGCCUUACGCCGACGACGCUGUGAGGAAGCGGGCGGUGGGGAACCGCCAGGAGGAGGAGGAGGAGGACACUUAGAGGGGCGGAGCUCCUGAGCAGGGCGCCGUGGACUCCUCCCUACUCGCCCCCUCCCCUCUCCUGUCGGAGCGCUCAGACUCUCCCCCCCAGGACCAGCAAACGCCGUGGAAGUGGGCGGGGCCGAGCUCCUCCGGGUUUGCUGGUCGUUCUAUGCAUCGUUUUUGAAAAACAAAGUUCUUUGGUGUAAAACGUGGAUUUUAUUUGUGGCGCGUUCAGUUCCUUUAUUUGCUUUUUUAACCUGGAAGUUCCUGCAGACGUGGGAGGGGGCGGGGCCUAACGAUUGAUCGAUCGAUUGAUCACAAAUACAGAAUCGCUGCCUUUAGGUCCUCCUGCAGGAGCUGCUCUUCAGUCUGAGGACGCCGCCGUCUCACCGCCGCUUCACCGCCGUCCUCCACGGAGGAUCUUCAGUCCGGCUGUGAACCUGCUUCAGUUUUAGCUCCUCCCACUUUCCUUUGUAUUUCAGAAUAAAAGCGUUUUGAAUGUUUCUCAUCGUUUGCUUGAAGAACUUGUGAGUGGACCUGCCGGUUCUGGAUCUACGCUGAAAAGUCCGUCUCAGUCCUGACGCUCAGACUGUUCUGGCUCCAGAACCCUCUUCUGACCCGCUCCAGAACCCUCAAUGACCCGCUCCAGAACCCCCCUCUGACCCGCUCCAGAACCCCCCUCUGACCCGCUCCAGAACCCCCUCUGACCCACUCCAGAACCCCCUCUGAUCCGCUCCAGAACCGUGCUGCUCUCCCAGAACUGGAUCCAGUAUUUGCAGAGAGGAUCUCCGUCGGGUCGGGUCGGGUCACACGUUUCGGUCUUUCUUUGCUCUGUUUAUUUAACGUUUUCUUUCUAACCAUAUUUAUGGCUUGUAGCAUCUUCUCUGAGCGUCUCUCAGCGCUCUUUAAAUAAAGAUUUACUUCUGGAAACA